CCACGCAGCUCGUACCUUACUACGCCUCUUCUAGUUGGUAACACUUAAAGCUCCUUUCUCUCUGAUGUCGGUCCUCUCAGUCUCCACGUUCUAUAUAUAUAUAUAAAUCCAUGCAACCCAUUUCAUGCAGAAACUCACAUACCAACAAUAUUUGUGUCAAUCUAAAACCCUUUUUUUUUUUACAUGAUGAAGUGGGUUCCCAUUUUCUGUUAUCAGUGAAUCUUAACAUCCAUCACUGAAGCUAUAGAAAUCAGAUCAUCAGUUUUAUAAGCUUGAUACCAUCACUCAGUCAUGGCCCAAGAAAUAAUGUUCCAACUCAUCUCACCUCUCUACUUUGCUCAUCCUCUCCUUGCGUUUGUGUCUGCUCAUCUUCCAAGCGUGCUUCUUUGUUCAUUACUUGUAAUCUUCAUAGCUGCCAUGCACCAUAAGAAUCGACGCCCAAGGGUCUUUAUGGUCGAUUUUGCCUGCUACAAGCCAGAUGAUGCUUUGAAGUGUCCUCAUUCUAUCUUCCUCGAGCGAUCGGCUCUUCUGGGUGUGUUCUCAGAACAGAGCAUGAAGUUCCAGAAGACAAUCUUGGACAAAUCAGCCAUUGGGGAGAAGACAUACUUCCCUCCGGCCUUGUGGAUGCUACCGCCGAAUCCGUGCAUGGCCGAAGGAAGGAAAGAGAUGGAGACUGUGAUGUUUGGGGCCAUCGACGAGGUGUUGAAGAAGACCGGAGUGAAGCCUUCAGAUAUAGGGAUAGUCAUUGCAAAUUGUAGCGUCUUUAGCCCAACUCCAUCUCUAGUCGGCAUGAUCGUAAAUCAUUACAAGCUCAGGAAUAACAUCUUAAGCUACAGCCUUGGGGGCAUGGGUUGCAGUGCAGGAGUAAUAUCUCUAGACCUUGCCAAGAAACUUCUCCAGGUGCACCCCAACACCUACGCCCUAGUGGUGAGCACAGAGAACAUUACUCUGAAUUGGUACCUGGGCAACAACCGCUCCAAGCUCGUCUCCAACUGCCUCUUCCGGAUGGGCGCAGGCGCCGUCCUCCUCUCCAACAAGAUGUCCGAUCGCCACCGCGCCAAGUACGAGCUCCUCCACACCCUUCGCACACACUACGGCGCCGAGGAGCGUGGCUACAGGUCCGCAUACCAGGAAGAAGACGAUGCUGGAAUCGUCGGUGUGACCCUCUCCAGGGACCUUUCUACAACCGCCGGAGAUGCUUUACGGACCAACAUCUCUAACCUAGGUCCUCUGGUCCUCCCUCCUUCGGAGCAACUUUUCUUCCUCGCCAACUUGAUAGCGAGGAAGGUUUUCAAGAUGAAGAUAAAGUCUUACAUGCCGGAUUUCAAGAGGGCUUUCGAGCAUUUCUGCAUCCAUGCAGGAGGAAGAGGUGUUCUAGACAGUGUAGAGAAGAAUCUGCAUCUGACGGAUUGGCAGAUGGAGCCUUCAAGGAUGACCCUGUACAGGUUCGGCAACACCUCCAGCAGUUCCCUCUGGUAUGAGCUUGCCUAUUCUGAGGCGAAGGGGAGAGUCAGGAAGGGGCAUCGCGUGUGGCAGAUUGCACUGGGUUCGGGCUUCAAGUGCAAUAGCGCAGUUUGGCGCGCGCUCAGGACGGUGGAUCCCAACAAGGAGAAGAAUGCUUGGUCCGAUGAGAUCGACCAGUUUCCAGUGGUCGUGCCUAAGUUGGUCUCCAGUCAUUCCUGAACUACGUAUCUCUCUCUAUUCCUUCUGCUGCAGUCAAUGAACGUUAGGCGCUUGUGUAUGUCGAGUUCUUAUUUAAUUUGUGUUUUCUUUUUGUUUUGUUUUUUGGCCCUUUUACAUAAACAGCCUGAAAAUCAUUGGCUCCGUUCGCUUUUUGACGAGUUUUUAAUGGGAAAUACCUAUUUGGAUAAGUGAAUUUAUCCAUGUUCUUUUAUUA